CUGCGGCGGGCGCCGCCCGGCGCGCGGCGGCAGCCGCCGGCGCCUCCAGCGGCCGCGGGGGCGAACGCUACGGCGGUGGCGACGUCGUCCGUGAGCCCCGCCCGGGCCGUCGCGGUCAUCGCGGACACCGCGGGCCCUGGGGCCGAGGGCAGCCACGCGCUGCACAGCGCCGAGGGUGGCAGCGCGCUGCUGCCAACGGCGACGGGGCCAGACGCCCUGUCGAGGCUGCGCGCCGCCUGCGGCGCCCACCCGGUGCGGGUGGCAGCCCUCGGCUGCCUGGUGGCGCCUGCCGCCUACGCCGUCGGCAAGGCCAGGAGCAGGUGCAGGAGGCGCUCCGGAGGCAGGGAGCCGCUGCGCGGCAGCGGCGCGGCCGAGCCAGCCUUGGCGAUGGAGGAGGACCUCUCCCCAGUGUACAGGGGCAGCUUCAGGCACCCCGCGUUCGAGGGCGAGGUGCCCGUGGUCGUGAGGCUGGAUGCCGCGUACAGGGGCUCGUGGCUGGCGCUGGGGCAGACCGAGGAGAUUGACGUGUGCCGCUCCGGAUCGGCCGUGUCGCUCCGGGAAGUCGGAGGCGCCACGAUCCUUGAGGGCAGCAUCCAGAGCGGGACGGGCGCCAUCUUCGGCACGGUGGUGCAGGAUGGCGUGCGGGGCGGCGCCUUCGAGCUGACGCCCGAGCCGCUGGGGCAGGAGCCUCCAGGCUGGAGCCCCGCGGCGGCGCCAGACGCCUCCUUCGUCGCGCAGGCCUUAAGUCGGGCAUGUCCCUCUACGGGAGGAAAAUUCAAAAAUAGUCCAAAUAUAGUCUGGGGACGAUUUUUCGUCCAAGAUCCGCCUGUAGGAGGACAUGCCCGACCUGAUGCAGGUGCCAAAGCACGCCGGCCUCGCCGACGCCGACGCGCCCCCGACUCCCCCGACGGACUUCUCGGACGAGGAGGAUCGACGUCAUCCCAACAUACACUACAUGUGCGUCGUCCCCCCAGGGGCGACGCGCGCAUCCAGGAAUCCGACAGCAUGUGUGCGUCGUGCCGUGCGCGUUCUGGCCGCACCGCUCGGGAAACGGUGCGCUACAAGAUGGUUAUACUGUAUGCUCGGGCUGGACGCACGCCUCCGACGAGGACAUACAGCGGCGGCGCGCAUCAAGAAGCCAUGUCCUUUUCGUCAUGGUACCCUGGCUUUCUUCGCUCCGCGCGCCGCGCGGUGACCUCCCGCAGUCGUUGAAGGAGCUGCUGCGUUCGGGAU